GAAAGAUGAGUGUGAAUGGAGGAAGGCGGGGGAGGGGGGCGGCAAUUCAUUCAUUAGCUCCAAAGUAGUCUGAGGCUGACUCGCUGAUAGUAAACAAAACAACAACAAAUUCCAACAGCUCUCGCAGGGAGGAUGAGCAUUCCACGUAAAAUAAACAAAUAAACAAAUAUUUCCACCAUAUCAAAGCGGCUUGGAACUCCAGCCAACUCCAAGGCAGCAGGGAUCCUGAGUAAUCGCAUCUGAAAUUCCUGGAAAGGAAAACGCCCAUUUGCAGACACAAAAAAGAGAAAACGAAACCAGCUCUCUCUCACUCACUCUCUUCCUGACGACUUCGCCAUGGCUGCUUCUGGGGGUCCCGUGAAGGAUCUCUUCGAGGAAGCCACUUGCUCCAUCUGCCUGGAGUAUUUCAGGGAUCCAGUGAUCAUCCCAGAGUGCGGGCACAACUUCUGUCGAUCCUGCCUGAUCCAGUAUUGGGGGAAAUCCGAGGCAAAGGCUUCCUGCCCUGAGUGCAGAAAAACAGUUCAGCAAAAGAACAUCAUCCCCAAUCGGUCGCUGGCAAAUGUUGCAGAAAAAGCCAAGAUGCGGGCAGAAGCAAAGGAAAGAGUCUGCGAGAAGCACCAGGAGCCCCUGAAGCUCUUCUGCAAGGAGGAGAAAAGCCCCAUCUGUGUGGUGUGUAAUGUAUCCAAGGAGCACCAAAGCCACAAGAUGGUUCCUCUAGAGGAGGCUUUCCAGGAGUACAAGGAUCAGAUCAGCACCUGCCUAGACAAUUUGAGGAAGGAGAGAGAAAAAAUUCUAGUACUUAAAGCAAACACAGAAAAGGAAAGCCAAGACCUGCUUAAACAAACAGAUGCAGAGAGGGAAAAGAUGGUGGCUGAGUUCAGGCGACUGCGCCAGUUUCUGGAAGAACAAGAGAAACGUAUUCUGGCCCAGAUGGCAGAAGUGGAGAAGGAGAUUGCAGCCCAAAGGGAGGAGCACCUGGCCAGACUCUCCAGGGAACUCUCCUCUUUUGAACACACCAUCCGGGAGAUGGAGGAGAAGCUUCAGGAACCAGCGAGUGAACUCCUGCAGGAUAUUGGAAGCUUCUUGCAAAGGUCUCAGGCAAAGCAGAAAUUUAAGAAUCCCCCUGAAGCUUUUCCUCUUGCCCUGAAGUGGAGGAUCUGCGACUUUUGUGAUAUGACUCCUUUCCUGGAAGCUGUCAUGAAGAAAUUCAGAGACACUAUGGAAUAUGGACUUGAGCUGCGAAAAGAAAACAUAACUUUGGAUCCAGACACAGCACAUCCCUGUCUCAUCCUGUCUGCGGAUCGAAAGAGUGUGAGAAAGGGAGAAGUGCGUCAAGACCUGCCGGACAAACCUGAGAGAUUUGACACACAAACCUAUGUGCUGGGAUGUGAGGGUUUCACAUCAGGCAGACAUUUCUGGGAGGUCACUGUGGGAAGAGAGAGGGGAUGGUGGGUGGGGGUGGCCAGAAAGUCUGUGAAGAGGAAGGGUGUUUUCUCUUCUGAUCCUAUGGAAGGGAUCUGGGUUUUUGGGAAGUGGGGCAUUUUGUUCAAGUUAUUCUCCCCCCAAGUUGAGCUGCCCCUCAAGAGGAUCCGAGUGGCCCUGAACUAUGAAGGGGGACGGGUGUCCUUUUACGAUGCUGAUACAGCAGCCCUUCUCCGCGCAUUUCCAGCAGCCUCCUUCUCAGGAGAGACCCUCCAGCCCUUCUUUUAUGUGUCCGCCAAAGGCCACUUAGCACUCUCUGAGGGUAGAGACAGACAACGUUCCAGGUUCGCUGCUGAAUAUGCUUCUCUGUGCCACCUGUCCUAAAUCAGCAGAGUGAUGCGCAACAUCAAAGCGCUUCAGGAGCUCUGACCCAGACAACGAAGGCAGUAACUCACAGAUUCAGUUAAUUACAGACAGAAGUAUUUUACCAUCGGGUCAUAAAAGCUUAAUGGUUCCUGUUAUAAGAAUUUUAAAGUCACAUAUAAAAAAAUUAAAUGUUCAUAUGUAUAAACCACAUGUCUGAAACCCCACAGAUUAGGUCCUGAACAAAUUGACCUCAAAUAUUUCUCUCUCUUUCCUCACAAAUCCUGUCCUCACAAAUCCACAUUCAAGAUAUGAACAGGGUGUGAGCCUGUGACCUGUGAGCUAGAUUCAGGAAUUAAGUAGUUAUAAUAAGAAAAGAGUGGCCAAAACCCAGAUAAUGCAAUCAGGUAACUUGCCAGACAAGAGAUAAACAACGCACUCAGAUUUCUGUUGUAGACCGCCUUUUCUGUGAUGUAGGUAUGAUGUAUCUGGGGGGUGGUCUUGGGCUACACCCCUUCUGUGAUGUAUGUAUGAUGUUUCUGGGGGUGGUCUUGGACUCCAGGGUGGGCAAUUUAAAAUGUCUAUAUAAGGGUGGGCACACCUUUGCUCUGGGUCCUCCUCCUCUCUCCUGCGUAUGUGGGGAGCACCCUGUAGCAACAGUUAAUAAAGAUCAGGCUUACUAGCUGCUUUGCUUCUCAAUAUUCUGUGGUUGGUCUCUGUUAUUUUCUCCUACCUAUAGAGAACCUACAAAAGGACUCUAUAAGGACUCUUGGGUACACCAUAAGGGAAAAGGAGCAGUUUUUUUUACUUAUAUCAGUUCCCAUUUACAGAGUUCAUCUGCCGAAGCAUUGCUUCUUAGAGUUUUCUGGGCU